AUGGUUCUGUUCAUAUUCUGUUCGUGCUGUAUAUCGUUGAAUGUGCUGUUCUCGAAAAUUCGACGUAUUCUAGAGAUUAAGGAAUUGGAACGUACUUCUAAACAGGAGGCGCAGAUUGUGUCGCUUAUCUACUACAAUUCGACAUACGCCGGGUUAGUUCAGUUUCCUUCACAGCGGUGUGAAUUUCCAUUCUGUAGUCACCGAAGUAAACGUACACUUACUAUGCAGCUACUUUUUAUUUACUGCGAAUUCUUUUCCAUGGCAAGGUAUGAUGUGAAAUAUAACUACAAUGAUGUUGAGGCAAUUGUAAUACACCGGACCGCAGGUGUCCACGGUGGGGAUGGAACCCGCCACUACCCUUUUCGGGGGCUAACGCUUUCACUACCACAGCAUGUGGGUCUUUCUUUUCGCCAUUGUCUCGGCCGUAUUUUAUAG